CGGCCCAUUACGUUUAAAGUGUAUCAAAUUGUACUGAUUCACCAAUUUGUAUUAAGCUUUGCUACUAUUUGUGUUGUAAACUCUCGCGUAUAAUGACCGAACACAGAGUAUAACGCCAUGCGAUUCAAAAAAAAUUACUAUAUAUUACUAGGAAACAUACGUGAAUUAAAUAAUAAUUACCGCUAUUGCUGUAAUGAGUACUUUCAAAAUUUAUCAAUACCUUUCCCAUCAAAAAGGGAAGCAGAAAUUGCUUAUCAAGUACUAAUAGUUGAUAAAGAGCCCUCAAGAGGUAGUAUUACAAAGAAAUUGACACUAGAUAAUAAUUUAUUACAAAUAUUAAUUUGUGGAACUGAAGCACGAAAAGUUAGAGUGGCAUUAACAUCAUUUUUUGAUAGUUUAAUUUUAGUAACAGAAACUAUGCAACUUCUUGAUCCACCUGUACCAACUUACAAUUAUUAUUAAAUAAACAUUCACGUCCUAAAAAAGAAACUGUUCCAGGUGGUAUACCCUCUGUGUAUGAUAUUCCAAUAACAGAAGUUUGUAGGAAGUUGUAUUUAACAAAAAGAAGUAACAAUAAAUGACAUUAAAAAUUUAUA